UGACUGUGUGUGACUGUGAAUGACUGCAGGUUGUGGGUGUGAGAGUGCCUCAAACCCACUUUGUUGGUUUCUUGGUUUCAGUCUUUCCGUCAGUGCCAGGCGACAUGGUUGGCAGUAGAUCUCUGCUUAAUCUUUUGAACUGUAAAACUUUAAAAUGUUCUUCCUACGCGAGCCACUUAUACGUUUUCAUCCUUGGUCUGAUCCUUGCUUACGCCACUACAUUCUCCUAUCAUGUUCAAGCAUAUUCAGUGAAUUGCAAGACAAUGAACUUUUCUUCCAAAUAUGAACACUGUGGGAUUCACUCAGAUGGAGUCCGUGAUUUACAUUGUUUUGGUAAAUAUAAUUCACGUGGUAAACAAAACUGUGUGUGGAAACCUGGAAACCACGCAACAAAAAAGACAUACACACUCAUCAUACAACAGCCGACCAAAAAAUAUUGCAAAGCUCGGAGUAACAUCACAGAAACCUCUAACUAUAUAUUCUUUUAUGACAAACACAACAUGACCGUGGAAGUUUUUGAAAACAGCGAGUCAACAAAUUGCACAAAAGCAGUUUUCAGAGGUUCACCAAAGACAUACACACUGCGAUGUGGUCCUCCAAAUAAUGUGAAAUUCAGCCGCCACUCUGGUAGACUAACUGUGACUGUGACAUGGCCACAGGAAGACAUAAAGUUCAUCAAGUAUUACUCUGUGAGAUAUAAGGCACUGGGCAGCCUGUCGUGGAACAAGCCACCCGUGCAAUCCCAAAAUGGAGAGCACUGUACAGUGGAUAAUCUAAACUCCUCACUGGUCUACACUGUACAGAUACAGUGCGUCACUAAUGAAAAAUGCACACAGUGUGUAUGGAGUGAACCCUACACCGUCCCAUCAGAACUGACAACGCAGCCUGUCAUUGUCAACCUUCAUGAUACUGAUAUUGCAGAGAAUAAAGGCCACCGGCUGCUUUCUUUAACCUGGAAGUAUCCUGCCAAAGAGGUGCAUGAUGGCUACAACCUGACCAUUAGGAAGGCAUCGGGAGAGGGCCCAUGUGAUUGGAAGAAGACCACCCAUACUGAAAUCAGACUGAUUCUCUCCUAUUCAUCUUAUCAUCUCAACAUCAGUGCUGUGAACAAUGCUAGCACCUCCCCAGUUGUGGGCAGGAUAAUACCACGACGAGAAGACGGGCCCAGUAUGGGAGCUGGCAAGCUGAACGUGACAGUUCACAGCAAUUCAUCUUUUACAAUCUACUGGGAAGUUAAUCUCAUCAGAACCUAUGUCUGCUAUUCUGUGGAGUGGAUGAAGAAGGGACAUAAAGCAGCGUACAUAUCUUUUUAUGAGGAUAAAAACAACUAUAGGACCAUAUCUUCUUUACCAGAGCCUUUGGAACCUUAUAAGAGAUAUAGCAUCACCCUGCACACACGACCAAACAAGGACACCUGCAACAUGAAGCACAUCAACAACAGUGAGAGCACCUAUGGCAAUAAACAGUUCUACUUCAUUGAAGGAUCUCCCAUCAGCGCUCCCACAAACAUCAGCAGCCACAACGUGAAGCUGAACUCAGUGGUGCUGCAGUGGUCGUCCAUCCCAGAGGAAGACACCAGAGGUUUCCUAUUGGGUUACAUAAUCCACUACACUGAGUACCACAACCGGGGGACGGAGAGAAAUAUUACAGUGGAUCCAGAGUUUGACAGCUAUGAACUGGGGGAUCUCGAAAGUGGCAUGGUAUACGAAGUCCAGAUAUCAGGAUUCACCCAGGCAGGAGCAGGAGUACGAAGCACAGCGGGCCUCUUCAAAACCAACAAUGAAGGAUAUUCUAAACUCAUGGGUCCCAUCAUAAUCUUUGCUGUUGGGGCCAUUGUGCUGAUAUUUGGAUCUCCAAUAAUUAAAAGAGCAAAAGUCCUUCUGUGGCCGAGCAUACCUAACCCUGGAAACAGCAAUGCGAUGCAGAAAAUAGAACGGCCCUGUGAGCUGAAACUGCUGGAGUCCAUCAACAUUCUGAAGGUGGAAGAAUGGGAUACAAAUAGUCUGCAAAUACUUGAGAAAGAAGAAGAAGUGAUCCCUGCUAGCACAUUAACAUCACUACCACUUCUCCAUGCCACAGAGGACGAGGAAGACUCAUCAGAAAUCAUUUGUAACUGGUUCCAUAGAGACGCAGAGGGUUCAAGUGGAGACAUCCUACCUGACAUUACUGCGGAGACCUUCUCCGGCAUCCAGCCGACAGACCUCCAGAUCUCUCCUCUUGCCUUUACGUGUGGAUAUACAACAAUGGAAAUGUUCCAGCAGGGAAUGCUACCGAAUACACCAACAGUUACUCAAGCCAUGGAAAGCAAAGCAGGGGACAUGGAAUUGACCGUGGUGAAAUCACGAUUGGACUAUAUAAGGCAAUUUAGCACCAGUCCCGUCUUGGACAACAAUGAGGAUAUAUCCAUGAUUUUGUGAAAACAUUUUAGAACGGCACUCCAGAAGACGCAGGGCAGUCCUUGGGCUCCAGAGGUGCCCUGUGAGGGGCCGCCGUACUGUUGUUGCAGGUCGACAGCAUGAAUUUAAAUAAUCAGCACAACUACAAGUGCUUCUCUUCUGGGUGCCAGCUGGUGCAGAGCAAACCAAAGUAAACCAAAUAAGAAAUAACGAUCCAAGCGCACACCAGGAUACCAGGAUUGACGCUGUUUUAUUAGAUUAAAAACAAAAGACAGAGAAGCAAAGAAGGCCUCUCGCAUGUUGCUUCAUCAGAUUGACUCAACUGCCGUCAGGUGUGGGACACUUGAUGGCAAUUUAACCUUUAAAACUUUGUUUAUUUCAUGUAAUAAAACAGUGUCAACCCUGGUAUCCUGGUGUGUGCUGGAAUGUGUUGGAAUGUUGUGCAGUAUUCAGCUGCCAAAAUGACUGUAGAGAUAGAAACUUAAAUACUAUAAAGUAUUUAAAGACAGAUAUGUAUCAUUUAAAGUCCCUCCUCCUACCUCUAUACAAUAUCUACCUGUAUAUCUGCACUACUUAAACAAUCUCUUCCCUCCAUGCACGUUAUCUCUGCUCCUGUACAAACUGCAUUAAACAUUACUUGAUAUACUUCUAUGAA